AUGAAUACCAGUCCUGAUCCAACCCCAGGUAUCACCCAGACGAGAAAGUUCACGUGGGCCCGCAAGCAUUGGGCAUCAGCAGAGACGGAAGCGGCAGAACAACAUCUGAAGGUUGCGGUACGUCUGAUCUUCGUUCAGUACGAGAUAGCUGAGUCAUCCUCGAUUCUCGAAAGGAAGGACAUGCGUCGGGAAGCUGCUAGGUCGGAUGUGUCCGGCGGGCGAGAACCUGCUGUGAAGUCGUCGUCCUCGGCUCGUGCGCAGGGCGGCGGGUUGUCAGGUCUUGAGGGCUGGUUCGCCGAAGCAUCCUCAAAUGCCUCACCGAUUGCCCACGAGGCCCAAGAUUUUGAGGACGUGUUGAAGGAGUUCGAGCAGUGGGUAAAGCGGGGUAUCAUUGAGAAUCGGAAUCAACGUGCCAAUCCCGACCUUGUGCGCUCUUUGAAUACUGAUGUCUUCCGUCGCGCGAAAUCUCUCGCUGAACAUGAUGGAGACAUGACAAUUGCUCCACUCCCUCACGAGGAGCGCAUGUCCUUUACCGUCGGCUUGCUUGUUCGCGAGGAACUCGAGACCAUUGAGAUUGAGCCGACCCUGUACUACGAAUUACUCACUACCGGUCGCUACGACGAGCUCGUGCUGCUGCUUCAAACUGCAGACACGAAGUAG